GGGUAUUUAAAUCCCAAUAUCACAAAAAGAAAAAACACAUCGAACCAGAGAGACCAAUAAGCUUUUACAUAUUUCGAGCUUGGCGUGUUUCGAUCUCUUGUUUCUUCUCCAAACAAACAAAUUCAAUAGAUAAUCUUGUGAUAAUUUGGAUCCGAGAUUCCCCAAAUUUGUAAAAUUAGGUUUUGUUCUUCGUCUCCUCCUUCUAGCCCUAGAGCCUAGUGUUCUUUUUCUUUAUCUAAUUCAUUACUGUUUGAUUUCUACCUUUGUUUCGCUUCCCUCCUCCAAUUUUGCAGUUUCUUCUUCCUAAAUUUUGCAAUUUCGUUAUUUAGCUACGAUCCUAGUUUUCUCUUUCUUGCUCAAGUUUCCAUGGAUUCUCGGGUUUCGAUUCUCCUCUUCUGUGCGAUAGCUCUCUCAUGUUGCUUUCAGUCCGGCUUCGCUUCAUCCCUGGUGGACUUUUCCGUCUGCAAUUACGAAUUCGAGCUCUUCCGGUUCGAUUUAGCGGCGAAAUGUCCUCCUUCCCUGUAUCCAACUCCUCCUAUUGAGAUAGAUGGAGACUCACUGGACAGGUUAAUGGCUUUAAACCAGGGAAAUUCUUAUAUGUCAGUACUCUUUUAUGCUUCCUGGUGUCCUUUCUCACUUGCUGUUCGCCCUAAAUUUGAUAUGUUGAGUUCGAUGUUUCCUCAAAUACAGCACUUAACAGUGGAGCAUUCUCAAGCACUACCCUCUGUCUUUUCUAGGUAUGGUAUUCAUAGCUUACCUUCAGUCCUGAUGGUAAAUCAAACUUUAAUGGCUCGGUACCAUGGUCGAAAGGAUCUUACAUCCCUGAUUGAGUUUUAUGAAGAGGCAACAGGUCUCCAACCUGUCCAGUAUGUGGCUGAAGGGGAGCCAACACGCUUAGAAGCCGACGAUGAUAACUUGAUCACAUGGUUGCGCAAUGGGACAUCUAUCGGAGGAAUAUUCAAGCAAGAUCCGUUUUUGGCACUAUCUCUGCUGUUUAUCUGUUUACAGAUGGCAAUCCUUGUCUUCCCCGUAGCUGAAUCGCGCAUGAGAGCGCUAUGGGAUUCUUAUGCUCCCAAUCUGAACCUGGAAAGAUUUAGAGAGAUAAGCCAACUGUUCAGCCGUGGUCUUCAUAUGGUCGAUGUGAGGAGGUUAUGGUUGAAACUUAGACUCAUCAAAACAAGGAACUUCCAUGAAAGGGCAAAGAACGCACAAGCCUGGGCUUCAUCGCUUGCAUCGGUCUCUCUUGGCCAAACUUCAUCAGACCAAUCCUGAUCCUAAGGGUGAAAAUCAAAACCCUUGAAAGAUAUUAUAAUAUCUUGUCAGCAGCGUUGGAAAGAGGUAAGCUUUUAAGUGUGUUCUGGAAAUCUGAAAGUUCCUUUAAUGAAAUGUUAUAUGACAGACUUCUGAGUUUACUUGUCUGCAUCGAAACAUGUAAAUCCAGUAACAGCUUUGCUUCUGUUUGUGAAUAUCUUAUUUCUCCCUUUUUUUUGUUUUAUAAAAAUUUGAGAUGUCUGUUUUUGGCCUGAUUUCUUUUACUGAAUAAUCUGAUUGAGUCAACUAAAUGUGUGUCUGAAGCUUUUUUACACA